CCGGCGCCUGCGUGGCCCUGCGCGGGCAGGGAGGCUGGGCUGGGGUUCUGUGUCACUGUGCUGUGCGGUGCGGCUGGGCUGUUUCCCGGCCCCCGCGGUGACCGCUCCCCGCUGCAGAUGCUAUGCUAAGACCAGAGGUGUCCGCAUCCUACCAAGAGCUGAGUGAAGAUGUGGAGCGAGUAUCUGAAAACCCAACAGACCAGAGAGGAGGAGAGAUGGAAGUUCAUGAAGAUGCCAGCUCUGUUAUUUUACCAGAGGGUGAACUGGGGACCACUGCCCCUUCUUUGCGUUUCAGCAAGACUUGCCUAAAGAAUGUUUUUUCAGUAAUUCUCCUGUUUAUUUAUCUGCUGCUCAUGGCUGUAGCUGUGUUCCUUGUCUACCAAACCAUCAGUGACUUCAGGGAGAAGCUUAACCACCCAGUGAUGUCUGUCUCUUACAAGGAAGUGUCCUUGUAUGAUGCACCCGGUAUUGCCUUUUACCCAGGCAAGGCUCGGCUCCUUAGCUGCAAGCAUCAUUACUAUGAUCACAUUCCACCUCUGGUAAAUCCAGGUCAGCCAGGAGACAUUGAGUGCACCACUCAGAGCAUCAACUACACAGAUCCUUUUACAAACCAAACUAUGAAGUAUGCUUUGGUUGUCCAAGGCCCUCGUGAUGUGAAGAAAAAGGAACUAGUGUUUCUGCAGUUUCAUCUAAAUGGAACAGACCAAGAUUUUAGUGCCAUUGACUAUCUCCUGUUUUCUUCUUUCCAAGACUUCAUCAAUAGUCCAGAAAAAGCAGAAUUCAUGAAGGACUGUGAGAGUUCCUACUCCAGCUGGAAGUUUUCUGGAGGUUUUCGUACUUGGGUCAAGAUGUCCUUGGUGAAAACCAAAGAAGAAGAUGGUAGUGAGACCGUUGAGUUCAAACAAGAGACUAGCGUGGUGAACUACAUUGACCAGAGAACCAAAACAAGCAGUGACCAGCUGUUUUUUGUGGUGUUUGAAUGGAAAGAUCCUUUCAUCCAGACUGUUCAAGACAUAAUCACAGCAAACCCCUGGAACAUGAUCGCUCUUCUUUGUGGCAUCUUUCUGGCUCUCUUUAAGGCAGCAGACUUUGCCAAGUUGAGUGUGAAGUGGAUGAUCAAAAUCCGCAAGAGACAUCUGAAGAGGAGAAGUCAAGCCAUGAACCACGUCAGCUGAGACUGCCUCUGAACUGUUCCUAGCAGGAGGGAUAGAGAAUAACUGGAGUAAACUCCCCUCAGGCAUUAGUGAUGCAAACCAGGGCUGUUUUCUUCAGGAAAAAAGGACAGCUGCAGGAACAGCCUCGUGAACUUCUGGCCUUUGACCUUCAGAAAGCAGCUAACUCUAGGACAACAGACUCUCAAACAAACUCGUGGUUCAGCUAACAAACUCAUGCUUUCCUAUUCCAAAUUUAACAAGCUUACCUCAGUUUUGGGGGGCACCAAGGGAGGAGGAGAAAAUUCACUCAUGCUCAGAAAAUCACCACCAUAGUGGUCGAGUUCUCCACCAAUGACCAGCAGUUGAAUGCUUCUUGGAACAGGUGAGCAAGUAACUUCUGCUUGAGCAGUGUGCUGCAUCUGCUGCUGCAAUGAAGUUACUUCCUUGGCAGGCUUAGUGGGAGGUAAAGCACUCAACAAAACUAACUGGCCUCCCCUCUCCACAGCAUGUGUUAAAACAGGAUACACUGGAAUUCCAUUAGGUGUCAUUUUUGACUUAAAGUAUAUUGACUUUAACAUUAAAAAAU